UUUGACGGCACUCGCCACCACCUAUUUAUGCCAUCCAACACCCUUUCCUUGCUCUCUACUCUUUAGUUCUCUCUCCAACUGAACCCCUUCUCUUCUUCGACUCUUCUUCUACUCUUCUCAUCUUGUUGCUGUUUGGAGCUCUGAUGGCUCUGGAAACUCCGGCGCCGGUGCCGGCUUUGGUGUUGAAGUCUCGUGUUGCUGAAUCGAGAGAGGCGUCGCCGCCGCCGCCGCCGCCGCAGAGGGUGGAGGGGUGGGCAAAGCGGAAGCGGACGAAGCGUCACCGCUUCUUUGAUCACCACCCGACUGAAGAGGAGUACCUCGCGCUCUGCCUCAUGAUGCUUGCCCGUGGCGGUGGCGGAGCCGGUCACGGCCGCCUCCCGUCCCCCACGCCACCGGCGCCGCCGGAGACAAGGCAGGAGUACAAGUGCUCCGUCUGCGGUAAGGCCUUCGGUUCCUACCAGGCCCUUGGUGGGCACAAGGCCAGCCACCGGAAGGCGCCCCACACCCCCGGCGGGGGGGCGGAGGAGGUGGACUCUACCGGCUCCGCCUCCUCGUCGGGCGGCGGGGGGAGGGCGCACGAGUGCUCGGUGUGCCACAGGACGUUCCCGACGGGGCAGGCGCUGGGGGGCCACAAGAGACGCCACUACGACGGCGGCGCCGGCGCUGGAGCCACCGGAGGGAGCGGGAUAACGACGCUGGAGGCGGCGAGCUCGGGGCUGAGGGGGUUCGAUCUGAACCUGCCGCCACUGCCGGAGUUCGGGUCCGAAGCUGCCGCGAGUUGGCGUUUGGCGGCGGCCGACGAGGAGGAGGUGCAGAGUCCUCUGUCGCUGAAGAAGCGGCCGUUCAAGAUUUCGACUCAGAGAAAGUCAGCGGUCGCGGAAGAGCCUGCGACCGCCUUUGUUUAGUUCAUUAUCUAUUUCUUUUUUUGUAUUUUUAGGUUUGGAAUUAUAUCACGAUUAUUUGUUGGUGUACAGGGAAUUUGCAAUUAUUCUUUGUAGCUAGGUGUUCACAAGUUUUUAUAACUUUUUCUUAUGUUGUUUCUUAGAGAUAAUUAUAAAGUUAUUAUUAUUGCUUUUUUAAA